AUGGCCCUGCCCUGGGCUCUGCUGCUUCUCAGCGAGGUCCUGGUGCAGGAUGCCACCACCCAGAGCUGCCUCAUCCCACCAGCUGUUUCCAUAUCUUUGGUAGCUUAUAACGCGGCGUUGGGGCGCCCGGCCAGCCAGUCCUCCCUCUUCCCCAACAUCAGCAUCGCUGCCAACGCGGUGGACGGCAACCGGGACGGCGUUUGGCACCACGGCUCCUGUUCCCGCACCCUGAGGGAGAGGGAACCCUGGUGGAACGUGGACCUGGGCGGUCACCGCGCCGUGGCCGCCGUGGUGGUGAAGAACCGGCAGGAUUGUUGCUGGGAACGGCUACGGGGAGCCCAGGUCCACGUCGGGGACGCGCCGGCCGAGCGCGGGAGGGACAACCCCAUCUGCGGCGUCAUCACGGACGCCGGUCCUGGGUCCCUCAGCACCAUCUGCUGCCACGGGCUUCAAGGACGCUACGUCUCCAUCCUCAUCCCCGGGCGGGAGGACACCUUGGUGCUGUGUGAGGUGGAGGUGGUACUUCAGGGCUGCGUCCCGCUGCCUGGAGGUGAGUGUGGAGGUCACCAUGGGGUGGGAGGAGAAGAAGGUGGCGAGGUGGCAACCAUACUCUCUCUACCACCAUUCUCAGCCCCCAACGUGGCCCGGGGACGCGCCGUCGUCCAGUCGUCCACCCGCAACGCCAUGGGCCUGGUGGCCAACGCCGUGGACGGCACCGCCGACUCCUGCGCCCACACCGAGAAGGAGCUGGAGCCCUGGUGGCGCGUGGACCUGGGCCACCGGCACGUGGUCUACGCCGUGGCCAUCACCAACCGCCGCGACUGCUGCUGGGAGAACCUCCUCGGAGCCCAGGUCCACGUCGGGGACUCUUUGGCCGACCGUGGCAAGCGUAACCCCGUCUGUGGGGCCAUCUUGGACACCGGCCCCGGUGCCACCACCAUCCUCUGCUGCAACGGGCUGCCCGGUCGCUACGUCUCCGUCAUCGUCCCCGGCCGGGAGGAAUUCCUCGUCCUCUGUGAGGUGGAGGUGACAGUGCAGAGCUGUGUCCCACCACCUGGAGCCCAAAACCUGGCCCUGCGACGCCCGGUGGCCCAGUCCUCCACCGCCGGCCAAGCUGGUAGCGCCAUCAACGCCGUGGAUGGCAACUGGCACCACGGCUCCUGCUCCCAAACCACGAGGGAACCGGAGCCGUGGUGGAUGGUGGACCUGGGCCGGCGUCACGUGGUGGCGGCCGUGGUGGUGAGGAACCGCUUGGACUGUUGCUGGCACCGCUUGAAGGGCGCCCGCGUCCACCUCGGGGACUCCCUCGCUGGCCACGGCACCAACAACCCCCUAUGUGGCACCAUCACAGACACCGGUCCUGGUUCCACCAGCACCAUCUGCUGCCGUGGGUUGCGUGGCCGCUACGUCACCAUCACCGUCCCCGGCCGGGAGGAACGGCUGAGCCUGUGUGAGGUGGAGGUGGUGGAGCAGGGCUGUGCCGCGCUGCCCGGCGCCCAGAACGUGGCCUUGGGCCGCCCGGCCACCCAGUCCUCCGUCUUGGAUGCCACCAGUGGUGCCACCAACGCCGUGGAUGGCAACCGGGAUGGCAACUGGGAGCACGGUUCCUGUGCCCACACCCUGGAGGAGCCGGAGCCGUGGUGGCGCGUGGAUCUCGGCCGCCGGCACGUGGUCUACGCCGUGGUGGUGAAGAACCGCCGGGACUGCUGCUGGGAGAGCCUGAAGGGUGCCCAGGUCCACAUCGGAGACUCCUUGGUCGACCGUGGUCGCCGCAACCCCGUCUGUGGCAUCAUCACGGACGCCGGCCCCGGUUCCCUCAGCACCAUCUGCUGCCACGGCCUUCGUGGUCGCUACGUCUCCAUCCUCAUCCCCGACCGGGAGGACACCUUGGUGCUGUGUGAAGUGGAGGUGAUCCGCCAAGGCUGCGCCCCGCUACCUGGAGGUGAGCCACCAUGGGGAUCUCCCCACUCCCAUCAUCUCCACGGCCACCCUGUCCCUCCACCCAAGUUGUCACCUGGUGGUGUCCACAGCCCCCAACGUGGCACGGGAGCAACGGGCAACGCAAUCCUCCACCUCCAACGGUUCCGGGGUGGCCUCCAAAGCGGUGGACGGCAACCGGGACGGCGUUUUCCACCACGGCUCCUGCAGCCACACGCGGAGGGAGAGGGAACCCUGGUGGAACGUGGACCUGGGCGGUCACCGCGCCGUGGCCGCCGUGGUGGUGAAGAACCGGCAGGAUUGUUGCUGGGAACGGCUACGGGGAGCCCAGGUCCACGUCGGGGACGCGCCGGCCGAGCGCGGGAGGGACAACCCCAUCUGUGGUGUCAUCACGGACGCCGGUCCUGGGUCCCUCAGCACCAUCUGCUGCCACGGGCUUCAAGGACGCUACGUCACCGUCACCAUCCCCGGGCGGGAGGAGCAGUUGGCUCUCUGCGAGGUGGAGGUCUACGGUGUUGUCCCCGAGCUCUGAGGGGACAGCACUGGUCCCCUGGGCCACCCCUCCUUGUCCCCAUCCCCUCCCUGCCAGCCUUGGCCCAUGGGAUGGUGGCCCUUCUCCAUGUCCACCUCCUGGGGUGGAGGGUGGCACAGGAGACUGUUUCCAACCCCUGGUGGAGCCAAGAAGGACAUGGGUGGUCCCAUGGAUGUCCUCAUGAGCGUCCUCAUUGGUGUCCCCAAUGCCUGGGGUCUUCAGGGGCCAAGAUCCCCAACCCCAUGGCACAUUUUAUGGGGCCACCUCAAGUUGGGGUGGGCUCAUUGCUCCCAGGACCAGGCAGAAGUGUCCCCCCUGGGACAAGGGGAGGGGAGGAAUGUCCUAAAGCCACCCUUGUGUCACCAGGGCUCAGCUAUGGGGUGUCAGCCAGGAUCUGGCCCCACCGUGGGGUCUUCUCCAAGCUGGAUGGGGUGGCCUGGGGCUCCCCGGCGUCGUGGUCGCGCCAAUAAACAUUGUCAUGGUCCCCAUCUGCCAUU